GAUGGGACCACACCCAGAGAAUCCGAUGAGCCAGCCGGCGCGGCCCACUGAGAAACAAGCAGUUCCGUAACAAUAUGGCGCCCAAUUUGAAGAAGCACUCGGCUUCUUUGAAGUCGGUGUGUAAUCAAAGAAAAUAAAUACGAUAAAAAUGAAGGUACAGAGGAAAGGACUCCCUUGGCUUCAGGACCCACACCGCUGAAGUCUUAUGUGGCACGAGGAGGUAGCUCAUAAUCGCGCAGCGUGUAGUGGAAUCCGAGAAGCACGACGGAAGUAGAGGUUAUCUGAAUAUCCAUCCAUAAGCAUGAGGGGUUUUUUUUUUGUAGUGGUUGAUGGCCGUUCGCAUGUUGGCGAAACAUUUGCGACUAUCCAUCGUUCGCCUGGUGGUAGCCGCAACGACAAAGGCAUCUCAUGUUAUACGAGCUUCGGAGACCGGUGACCCAGGACGAUAUAGAGCCGAGCCUGCGCCGCAUCUGUCACACAGCAUAUCCCAAGAAUGGCCAGAAGAGCGACGGAGACGGAUCUUGCCAUGGUGUCCAUUGACAUGGGGUGUUUUCUUGUCGCGGUUGAUGACGGUAAGUCACGUUUGCUAGUUGGUGAACGUUCGCGACCGUCAAUCGUAGCCUGGUGGUAGCCGCCAUGACAAAAUAACCUGUGACGAAAUGUGAUAUUAGGGUAGGUCUGACUAGAGUUUGUUUAAUGUUUUCUAUUUGUUUUGUCCCACUCUGUGUUAACGUUUGGUGUGUGCUGGCCGUAGUUAAAUGAGCUUCGGAGGCAGGUGACCCAGGACGAUAUAGAGCCGAUCCUGCGCCGCACCUGUCACACAGCAUACUCUAAGGGUGCACAGAAGUGCGACAGAAACCAAAUAGCCUUCAAGGUAGCGUUCCUUGCAUGCCGUCCGUCAGUCAAACUGACGAACUGAGCAUGGGACGAAUGCUUAAGUGUUGUCCACUGUCCAGAUUAUGCGUAGAUUAUUUAGCCUGUGUUAGGAUUUGUCUUCUCUCCCCCAAGUAUUUGAAAUUAAUUAGAAAGAAAAAAAAAUUUAAUUUUGUGAGUGUUUUUGUGGUCGAUGUGUAUUAAUUUAUUAUUCUUUAUUAGUAAGAUUUGUUAGUGGGUGUUUAUUUAUUUAUUAAUUUAUUAGAAAUAUUAGUAAAGUUUUUAUAAGGGUUGUAAGCCUUGUAGAAGAGAGGGGUACUGUUCUCAGAAGGGAUAAGUAUGGCUGAGGAACAGGUGUCUGAUUGGGCUUCUGACGCUGAUGGGGCGUCGGCUCUGCCACCGCCGCGCCCAGCUGGAGGGCUGGUGCGAACGCCAAUGAAUUUCCGGGGAUUUCCAGAGAGACAGAUCCCGAAAGAGGGUCACCUGGUAGACUUGGAGAAAGAAUUGGCGCAACAGGAUAGACCUCCACGGAACCUGGAGUUCCCAAAAGCCCCGAAAGACUCAGUGCUCAAAUCGACGGCAAACGCGGCGAUCGCUCAGGCCCACCAAACAUAUCUGCAUGCUCUGCCAUCUGGCAUCAGCGAGUCCAUCCGCGAGGAGAUGCGAGCUGGCUUCAUGGAAAUGAUGAAGGGCAUCAUUGAUGUGCUUAGGCCGCCAGGGAGCCAAACCGCCGAGACUAACACUGCGCCGAAGCCGCCAAGACAUGUCGAGCCGGGACCGCGAACAGGCGCCAUCCCGAAAGAACGGGAAGUGUUCCAGCGCGAGGCAUUUCCACCACCGGUGCCACCGAAGCCACGUAGGCAAGGCGCACGAGGGGCGGAGUAUUCGUCCAGCAGCCCAGUUUACGUGGCAGAUGCUCAGUCGAGGAACUGGCGUAACCCGAAUAACCGCCAUUUCCGAGUAGAGGACCGGAGAGCGGAUGAUUUUCAACCGGAGGAGGCGUACGCCAACGUGCGAGAAACUGCGUACAUGAAGCUCGAGCGGUGGAACGUCAAGUUUGACGGCGAGGACGCGAUGAAUUCGGUCGAGGACUUCGUGUUCCGCCUAGAGUUCCUGCAGAGGCAGUAUCAGUGCCCGUGGAAGGAGGUCCUGCGCGGUUUCCACCUGCUCCUGACCGGCCGCGCCCGCGAGUGGUACUGGAUGCACGUGCGGCAUUCUAGGGUCGACAGCUGGAUGCAACUGCGGCAUGCCCUCUUGGACAGGUUCCGGGGCUACCAGACGGAACACGAGGUAAUGCAGGAGCUUCUACAACGAGAGCAACAGGCCAGCGAAGGGGUGGAUGAUUAUAUCCACCACAUGCGUCAACUCGCCGCGCGAUUCCAGAAGCCGCUGAGAGACCGAGAGCUGGUGAGGAUUAUAAAGCGUGGUUUAAAAGAAAGUCUGGCGAAAUAUAUUUAUGCCAUGGACGUACUCACCGUGGAUGAGCUGCGCCAAGAGUGCCUAGAAGUGGAGAGGCACAUGGGUCGCAGAAGCCGGACUGGGUACCUUCAGCCGUCGCGUUGUCCACAAGGAACGAGGCCCGUAGUCCACGAGGUUGAAGUUCCACCGCAUCUUACAGAAACGCCACCGGGAGAACUGGAGGAGGCAUUCGUGCGAAGCAGGAACUCAUCCCGAAUUGUAUGCUGGAACUGCAGACAGUUCGACCACGUCUUUAGAGACUGCCUGUCCAAGGAGCGGAAAAUAUUCUGCUAUAGGUGUGGAAAGCCGGACACUUUCUGCUCGCAGUGUGAAAACUGUCCGGGAAACCCCAGAGGGAGCGCGGUGAUGGCGGGACAGACGCGUUCCGGGACGGCGACCGCGGGAAAGCAGGAGGGGGGCACCUACCAGAGCCAAUAAUCAUUGGAAAGGAGACGGAGAUUUGGAAUAAGGAUCAGGAUAAGGCUAAUUAUAAUAAUAGUAUAAGCAAAGGAGGAACACUUAGGGGCUUACCAUACGAAGAACGUGUUCGGGCAUACAUGUCGGCC